AUGUCUGAAAUCAACGAGAUCAUCUUCUCUGAUAAGUAUACCAAAGAUUAUGAUAAGACAUUCAUUAUUUUGUACAUUGUUGAAGGAUUAUUUAUCAUUUUGGCCAAUUUAUUUUUAACAAUUCGACUUUUCACAAAUCGACAAUUGAGAGCGCAGAAGGAGAUUUCCGUUGGUAUCAAUGUGGGAUUGUUUUCUGACAAUUCAUAA